CGAAAGAAAGGUUCCACAACCCGGAAGACAACAAGACCACGUUGUUUCCGAAUCAAAACGUGUUGCGAACAGCAGAGUAACGUUACUGAGAGUAGCAGAGAGCAGACUGCCGAGAGAACAGCUUUGUAGCCUUAACUACUCGAACGUGUGAUAGUCUCUACCCAGCAACGGGAUGGAGGCCCAACCAGAGGAGACGGCUUUGGUACCGGAGGUUCUUCAGAGCUCAGCAGAGACACACGGAGAGGAACUGGAACUGAACAACGGUACCAGCACCAAGCACCUGGAGGACGGAUGCACAGCUGAGACAGAACCUCAGGGACUGACCUCCGGGACCUCAGACAGCCAUUUACCGGGAGAGUUAACGGGAGGAGCAGAGGAGAUGGAGGUUACAGAGUAUCUCAGCUCUGUCUCGAGCUCCGAGCUGGGAGAUGGAACCACACACCUUCCCCAGGACCUCUCCCGGGACCUCUCUCAGGACCUCUCUCAGGACCUCUCCCAAGACCCCUCCCAAGACCUCUCCCAGGACCCCUCCCAGGACCCCCCAGGACCUCUCCCAGGACCCCUCUCAGGACCCCCCCCAGGUACUGCUGACGUUACAGGACGGUGUCAGGGACCAGCAGGACAGCAGCAGCUCCUCAGACAGUGAUUCAGACUCCUCUUCCUCCGGUGUGACGCUGGCUGUUGUGUUAGGUCAGGCAGAUGAAGAUGAUGAUGACGACGAAGGCUUCGGUCGGGCAAGGAAACCCUGUUCCAUCAAAACCCUGGAUGAGAUCCUGCCUGAGGAGUUGCCUGCUGUCGAGGAGUUGACGGUUGUUCUACCAGAGGAGGCGGAGAUACUGCCCCUAGGAUCAGUCACCAGUAUCAUCCAACAGCUGGGUUAGUCCCUCCCCCUAGGACCAGUAUCAUCUAACAGCUGGGUUAGUCCCUCCCCCUAGGAUCAGUCACCAGUAUCAUCCAACAGCUGGGUUAGUCCCUCCCCCUAGGACCAGUAUCAUCUAACAGCUGGGUUAGUCCCUCCCCCUAGGACCAGUAUCAUCUAACAGCUGGGUUAGUCCCUCCCCCUAGGACCAGUCACCAGUAUCAUCCAACAGCUGGGUUAGUCCCUCCCCCUAGGACCAGUCACCAGUAUCAUCCAACAGCUGGGUUAGUCCCUCCCCCUAGGACCAGUAUCAUCUAACAGCU